AUGAAGAUCUACAAGCAGACCAGUAGCAAUUGCAACAGCAUGGUGAGCUCCAAUCGCACAUCAACAGAACAUGUCCAUCACCACAAGUUUGCAGUUGUUAUAAGUCUUAUGGUGCGACCAUGCUUAAGAUCUCUGGCCCGCCGACGAGCGACAGCUGCGAGCCUUGUGGUGUUUGGUCUGGGGUGCAGCUUUGCAGAUCUGGGUUGCGAAAAUGUCAGCGCUCCGCUUAUGCCAGCAGUUCCUGAUUUGCGUCCCAUCGGCACGUUGUUGACUUCUCCGCCUUCUGCCUCGGUGUCAGCGGAUCCAGUGGCAACUUUUGCUCUGGGAACCCUUGUUGGAGCCGUGAUGGGAUUUCUUUCAUUGUUUGUGGUCUUUACCAGCUUUCUUCGAAAUUUGCAGACAGAUGAAUUGGAUGGAGCCAAGUGGGGCUCCUUUGGUGGGCUGGUCAUGCCUUCCUUCUUCUUUCAGGGCGCUUCAGAUAUCUACAACAACGUUCGAAGGGGAGCCGAUGAGGCCCGAAGGACCUUCCAAGACACAGGACGUUUUGAAGAUAUCUAUGUGGGCAUCGAGGAAGCUCAAAAAGAGCAGGUUCUGCAAGGCUUAGAUGCUCUCCGUGAGAGAUUUCCACGCAGCAAGAGCCGCGAGAGGAUCUUCGAGCGUCUGAAAGGCAUUGCAAACAAUUCCCGUUUCGCUGCGUCGAUUUAUGAUUUGGCCUUGAGGCUCCAGCCGCCUGUGCCAGCUGUGUUUGACAUCUGCAGCGAACUGUGGCUAUUGGAUGAGAACCGAUGCAGCGUCAGUGGACGUCAACCGGGUGAGGGGAGAAGACCCUGGGUCAACGGGAACGCACAGAUCUUGAUUGAUACGCAGGUACCAGCAUCUCGUUUGACAGAUGCAACGAUGGCUCAUAGGCCGCUUUUUGCACGUGUUGCACCUGAGAUCCUCGCAAAGCCCACUCUACUGUGUUUGGUGAAACUCUUUGACAUCUUUCAACAUUUGGACCAUGAUCACGCAACAUUCAGCAAAGCAGAGGAAGCAGUUGAUGAUUUCAUUAAGAUCGUGGCACGGACCGCCGUGAUGCGUAGAGCCUUCAGAUAUGCAGUGGAUACCCUGGGCUUAGAUUUGGACGAAUCCGACGAAUCCCAAGACUCUUCGCAUAGUUGGCAGAAACAAAUCCGUGAGGUUUGGUUUACUCGAGCUGGUGGCCGACCCUGUGCAUUUGAACACAUCUUUGUUGGCAAUCUGUCUGAGGAUUCCGAUGGGCAUCCAGUGGCCGGAGGUUUGCAUUGCUGGCUGAAGUUCUAUUUGGAAGAGUUGCGGGGAACUGCAAGGUAUUUAGGGUACUUCUACAAUCGCAGCCCCAAAGAAGCGCUGCAAGAUCAUCGCUACAUCUCUGGAAAGUUCAUUUGGGAGCAUGCAGGUCGCAAUUUGGUGAAGGAGGGUGGUGGAUUCUUUGUGGGGGUCUCUCCCGAAUGGCUCCUGGCGGACGGAACAAUCGCCUUUUUGGAAACCCGAGAUGCGGACAAGGCCCAGCUCUAUGGCUGGCAACCGUGGCUGGGAGCACGUGAUCGAGGCUACACGAAAGACGUGGUUCACGAGGGCUUUCGCUACCGAAAGGUUGUUUGCCACAGUGAGCAAACUCUGAUCACGGUCUUCUCUUCCUUUCUGGGUGUUGGCUUCGACGAUGAGUCCGAGUACACGGCCCAUCUGGAUCGCAUUCUUUCGGAGAAGGACUUGGCCACUGAACUUCCAGGGAUUUUGGUCUCUGAGGGCAUUGCAAAGGCAGAAGACUCGGAGCUGUGUGCUGCGAGCGUCCGCUUUUGCGCUUCACGGCACUGCCAUAGCCUGGGCGAAGCCUUGCACGAGAUCCGCGGCAUCUUCGGCUUCUCCUUGGAAGCCACGAUGGAGGAGGCGGAAAGCGAUGCGAACCUUAAGGAGUUGGUCUUCGAUGCAGCUGAGAUGGUGAAACGUUUGUCAGUUGAGGAAGCGUCUCUCUCCAGCGCCACCUUACCUCUGCUGGUGGAUCACCUGAAGCAGCAGGGUCGCUCCGGUGCGCGACUGCAUCGACCUCUAAGGCUGCUACUGACGGGACAUCCCAAUGGAGCGAAGGUUGCGGACCUGAUUUGUCUACUGGAACUUGCCGACAGAGAAGGAGGGGAUGAGACUGGCCCCAGCUUGUCAGAACGACUUCAGAUCGCCAAAGAGCUCUUAGGCUCAGGGAUCUUGGGGUCUCUGAUGGCAAAGGCUGAUGUGCGAAAACUCUUUAAAUGGCUUGGAGACUAUGUGGACUUGCCGCAAGAUUUCCAGAGAAGCAGGACAUGGGAAAACUGCUUGUACGAUCUUGAAAUGGACUUGAAGGGUAUCUCAGCAGUGAAUGCUGGCAAAGACCUUCCCAGUGUUGAACCUGUUGCGCACUUGAUGAACUUCAGAGAUGCGGUCAUCUCCUUGAUGCUCCAGAGCCUCCUUUUCAAAAAGGCUGUCCUGGACUGGGACCUCAAAAGCGAACGAGCUUAUGCUGAUGGACCUAUGGUUGCUAUGUCUGAGCUUGCUGUGAACAUCUUUUCCAAGACGGAAAGUUUGCCGUACAAAUUUCGACCUCCGGCCUUGCCAAAGAUCAAUGGGCCUGGACCCUUCACCAAGCGACCAGAUGAGAAGAGUCAAAGAUCCACUGCUGGUCUCACUUCACUUCAGUGCCAUCUCCUGGCCGUGCUUCGGGAGAUGCAGUCCAUGGGGAAGGGACUACGAAAUAUGGACUUCGCGGAGAAGGUCCACAUGUGUGAAGAUGAAACUGGACAGAACCCUGCGGCUGAUGAACUUGGACAAGAAAUGGCCAAGUGGUUUGAGCGCUGCACCCAGCUUGAAAGAGAGCUCCACAGCAACAAGGGUGAGAGAGAAAACCAGAUGGAAAGCAAAGUUGAAGAGUUGGAGAGGUCUGUGACAGUCAAGGAGACUGCCAACAAGAAACUGGUGACCAGCAUCCAUAAAUUGGAGGGAGAGGUUCAGAGCCUGAGGUACGAAUUCGUGGCGUUGCAGCGGGAAAGAUCCGAAGUGACCGAACAGAACAAUCGGAUUGCAAAAGAGAGCCUACCAGUGAUCGAGAAGAUGAGAACGCUGGUUGACAGGUCCAAGGAGGCCACCGAGCGACUCACAAAGGAUUCAGCCAUCCUGUCACGAACCUUUCGCAGACAGGUCCAAGAAACUGAACGAAUCAUCGCGGAGAAGGAAAACAUCAGCAAGGAGCUCGAAAGAGCAAAGAGGCAGUUGCAAACAGAGAAGGAAAAGAACGAAAUCAAAGAGGUGGAGCUUCAAAAGAAAGAGACCCUGUAUCUUCGAACUAUGGCUGCAAGGAAGUCGAUACAGGACAGCUUCAACGAGCAGCGGGAGCAGAUCGCCAAGGUCGAAGCCUCCAUGGAACGAAUGGAGGUGGAUCGCCAGGAGUUGCUGAAGGUGAUUCAGGGGAAGGACGGCCACAUUAGAGAGCUGGAAGAGGACUUGAGACGAGCUAAAAAGCGGAUUGCUGAAAUGGAGCAGCAGCGGGACAUGGCGCUUCAGGAAUUUCGAGAUGAGACUGGUCGAAUUCUUGAUCUCUCAAGCUUCAAAGUGGCUCCAACCCUUAGCUGA